AUGUUAUUCUACGAAGAACUGGUGGUCGGCUUUAUUGUCCAUACAAAUCACAUAUCUGAGUCCGAUCCGCCACAGACGGUGUAUUUGGAGCUCAAGUCCAACUCAGAGGCGUAUCGGCUGGCCAAUGGAGGCUUGAGAAUCUCUUAUAAUGCCACGAAUGAUGAUACUCCGCCUAAGACAUUGGAGGUUCUUAGUGCUGUUGUCCAGAACCCUAUUACAUGUGAAGAGGACAUCGACGGAACGGCAAGCUCCGUGACCAUAUGGAAAUUUGAAGUUCCGGUCGGCUAUCCCAAACACGAUAUGACAGGACCCAUCACAUUGCAUGCAUCGCUUGCAAAUCCACAUUUGCAAGUGCCAGCGCAUGAGGGUAUUGAUGAUGUCAACCUGAGAUCGUCACUGCCCACGCAAUCCGCGAACUUGUUCGAGGGUCUUAAUUUUCACAUUUCUGAAGAUCCUUCCCAAUCGUUCCUGUUCUCCCAGAGAUUGGUUGUGCUGGAAUCACAGCAUGGACAAGUUGACGUACCUGAGCCUCUAGGUGAUCGGACCCACGAAGAGCUCGAACCAGCCAGUCCAGACGACUCGACCUCACUCAGUAUUGCGUUAUCCAUUCCUCUUGCUGUCAAAUUGAGGUCCACCAAGCCUGGUGGCCGCAACGAUAUCCUCUUGAGUACGUUGAGCAUUGAGGCAUCCAGCGAGUUGCUAAACCUCUUCACCGAAGACAAGGAUUCAUGCUACAUUAACAUCUUGGGACUCGAGGUCAAGUUCCGCUCCGGUGAAAUCACCGAGCUAGGUCACCUUUCAUUUCCUCGUCGUUGUCACAUAAACGACGUGGUCAACAUCACUUACAAACUUAUCAACAACGAUUAUUUGGACAGCCAGAUGAAAAACGCCACCGGUGCUCCCCUCAACACAGCGCGGCCACUCAGUGUUAAUUUGAGGAUUCGCAUAGAGAUGUAUGAUAACUUCACGGAAGAGUACGUUAGUGCUAGCAACGAAAUCUCAACGCUGUGGUCGCCUUUACUCGAAUUUGGCAUCUUGGCUCCACCUAUAAGCGCCGCAAUGAAAACUUUCAAUAAUGCAUCGAACUUCCAAGUGCAAUCUCAGUUCAACUCUCUUGCUACUGUGGUUAAGCACAAUGGGAAUCUACCACGAAAGACCGCCAUGGCCCAUAAUGUGACAGGAGUCCACAAGUCGAAGGCAUUACCAACGCCUUCUAUUCUGUCCCCGUCAGUCAGUCAUCCUCUAGCAUCCUCCGGUCUUGCCUUUCCUUCUUCUCCACUGAUAAGAAAUAUUCCACCAUCCAGUUCUUCUCCGCUACUCUCUUUAACGAGAGGGCAGGGAUUGUCCAAGAAGAAUCAAAAGAGCAUGUUGACGCUACCAACCAUUUCUUCAUCUGUUACGGUAAACUUGUCGUCGAACAUGACAUUCGCAUUCACAGGUCUCUUCCUCACAUUCAAGGGAGAUCUUAGCAUUGAGCUCGGUAAAAUUGUCACCUGGAAAAUCCAGGCAAUCAACCAGGCAGGCAGAACAUUGAAUCUAUCUUUAAUAGUCAAAAAUCCGAGAAGACGGCACCCAAUUUAUUUGCAGAACGAUUCUUCGAGUGGCGCCGCUCUGGGAAAUGUUUCAUCUACAAAUAUGGUGUGUCCUGAUGACUCCACCGACUCCAGCCUACAUAUCUACAAUAAGCUGCAGUUAUAUUCUCAGUAUAAUCUGUUGAAGUUGGGUAGAGGAGGUGUUGUUCUACUCACCAAUGAUGUUCGCCUUGGUCCUAUAGAGCCCAACCAGGUAGUUGAGACUGAGAUCCAGCUCAUUGGAAUUGCUAAGGGAAUCUUCAACUUAGAUGGGUUGAGAGUGGUCGAUCUCAAUAAUGGUGACGGCAUAGACUUCGGUCGCUUAGUUGAGGUUUUUGUGAUGUAA